ACCUAGCAGCUUCACAUACUAAUACCAACACCUGCAAGAGGGGAUGUGAAACUUGGAACUUUCAGCUAUUCCACCUCUGUUUCCACCAGCCUCCUUCUUCAAUACUCAGAGGCACUCAGAAUACCAUGUUAACCAAAACAGAAAGGCAAAGAACGGAACAAAUGAUACAAGAUAAGGCUCCCAGAAGCUUUUGGAGACAUCUGAGGCUUACUGGGGACUUUCCAGCAUUCCAGACUGCUGCCCUGCAACGAAGCUCUGAGUCACGGGCUUUGGGACUGAGGCGCUGGCAGCGGUGUGAACCCCAGGACAGCCAACCUCGCUCACCUUCGCUCUAAGCAAAAGCCCAAAAUGAGUCUGACCUGAAGUCAGAGCAGGCACUGGAGAAAGACUUCUUUGUUAAUGGAAAGAGGAAAGGAGAAAAGAGUUUCCAAUAAAUUGCAACAAACUUUUCACCAUUCUAAAGAACCCACCUUCCUUAUCAGCCAAGCUAUCCUAGCCAGCGAGCCCCAUUCCAGCCUUUUGCCCGAAACAGAGCGUGCCAAUCCUGGUGAAAAAAUAAAGACGAACGCUCCGAAAAAUAGACCUGGGACUGUGAUACUAUCAAAACGGGCAAGUAGGAGAAUCAUGUCGGGAAGCCCGCUGAGCCCCCCUGUGAUCCCGGCCCGCAGGCCUGGAUUCCGGGUGUGCUACGUCUGUGGCCGAGAGUUCGGGUCCCAGUCUCUUGCCAUCCACGAGCCCCAGUGCUUGGAGAAGUGGCGCGUAGAAAACAGCAAGUUGCCCGAGCACCUGCGGAGGCGGGAGCCCCCCAGGCCGCAGCCCGUCGGCGGCCGCGGAGCCCCCGGUCUCCGGGCAGCAGACGAGGCUGCGUGUGGGAGUGCCCAGGCCCAGCUCCUGCCCUGCGGCUCCUGCGGCCGCACCUUCCUGCCAGACCGACUUCUUGUUCACCAGAGAAGCUGCAGGCCAAAGGGUGGGGACCCCCCAGCACCAAACCCCAGCAGGUCUGACGGUCUCACUGGUCUCAGGAAAGUUCCCAGUGGAAGCUCAGCCCGACCAAGGACUCUUAUCUGCUACAUUUGCGGUAGGGAAUUUGGCUCCCUGUCUCUUCCGAUUCAUGAGCCCAAGUGCCUGGAGAAGUGGAAAAUAGAAAAUGACCGGCUCCCCAGAGAGCUCCGCCGGCCACUGCCACGGAAGCCUCAGCCCCUUCCAGCGGGACGGUUGAGCCAAGAGGGAGCAAGUCAAGUUCAGCUUGUACCCUGCCCGAAUUGUGGCCGGCCCUUCGCCCCAGACCGCCUCCCGGUACAUCAGAGAAGUUGUAAAGCUCAACCUCGUGGGCCAAAAGAUCAGAAUUUGACCUUAGGGAGUAAAGGUGGCCUAAAGGAGCCCGCUAAUCCCAAGCAGCAAAGGACCCUGGCAGGACCCAGUGGAACUGAUAAGGUAAUUCAUGCCACGUGAGGUGCAUUAGGUGGACCUGGUGGUACCUUCUGCCUCCAGGGAGUGAGAGAAAACUCCCCCCAUAAUCAGCAGCCUCAGCCCCUAGGAUCUUUUCUUUCACUGACCUAUUUCUGCCUCAGUGUAGCCUGUGCGGUUUGACUCCCUGUUGGACUCUAGGAGCUAUAGCUCUCUUGGCAAAACAGAUAUAAGAACAACCUUGCCUGAUGGGUUCAUCUUCCUCUUCAAUUCUGCUGCCUGAAAGAAAGAGAGAUGGACUUCUUUUUUCCCUGAUCCUUCAUACCAGUAAUCCCUUGGAGAGACUGUAAUUUGAAAAUGAGUCAUUAAAGCUGUGUCUACAUUACAGAGAUAUAAUUCCCAUUCCAACAGCCAAUAUUUAUUGCUGGUUUAUUUUAGUCAUCUACCUUAGGAAUUCAUUUUUGGCAAUGCUGGGUCAUGCUGAGUUUAUCUUACUAAAAUAGAAUCUGUGUCAAAGACCCCAAAUGACUUUAGCAACAGUUAAAUACUGGAGCACUU